CUUUCUAGAUUUAUUUACCAAAGUUAAAGAAGGAAACUCCGACAGACCAAAGUCCUAACAGGUCUUUAACAACCCACGAUCUGAAAGCAAAGCAGCAAAGCAGACCAACCCAGCGCAGCGCGCAACACCUCGCCAAUUGCGACGCCGCCGCCGUCACUGUCGCCGCAGGAGUGCGAACCACGCUGCCGCCCGCUCCCGCCGCCCAAACAGCUUUAUCCGAGCCCCGAUUCGCCGGAUCACAUGCUGCGGCCACCUCUCAAAUGACCUCUCAACUCCAGAGCACUUUGCUCCUGCUCCCGCUCUUCGCCGCCGCUGCUUUGGGCCGCGGCGGCGACGCCUCGACUGCGCCGUCGCUGGAGUUCCACCAUCGGUUCUCCGCACCGCUGCGGCGGUGGGUGGAGGCCCGAGGGCGCGCGCUCCCUGGCGGGUGGCCGGCUCCCGGCAGCGCCGCGUACGUCGCCGCCCUUGCCGGGCACGAUCGCCACCGGGCGGUGUCGGCAGCAGGGGGUAGUAGCAGCGACGCACCACCGCUCACUUUCGCCGAGGGAAAUGCCACCCUCAAGGUCAGCAACCUCGGAUUUUUGCACUAUGCUCUUGUGACCGUUGGCACACCGGGCCAGACGUUCAUGGUGGCGCUGGACACAGGCAGCGAUCUCUUCUGGCUGCCUUGCCAGUGUGACGGCUGCACGCCUCCAGCCACUGCUGCCUCUGGAUCAGCUACAUUUUACAUCCCUGGUAUGUCGUCAACUAGUAAAGCAGUUCCGUGCAACAGCAACUUCUGUGAUCUUCAAAAAGAAUGCUCCACAGCAUUGCAAUGUCCAUACAAGAUGGUGUAUGUCUCUGCGGGCACAUCUUCUUCUGGAUUUUUAGUUGAAGAUGUGCUUUAUCUCUCAACGGAGAAUGCCCAUCCUCAAAUUCUCAAGGCACAAAUAAUGCUUGGUUGUGGACAGACUCAAACAGGGUCAUUUCUGGAUGCUGCUGCUCCUAAUGGUCUUUUUGGACUUGGAAUAGAUGAGGUUUCAGUUCCAAGUAUUUUAGCUCAGAAAGGUUUGACAUCUAAUUCCUUCUCGAUGUGCUUUGGUCGUGAUGGUAUUGGGCGAAUCAGCUUUGGAGACCAAGAGAGCUCAGACCAAGAAGAGACACCUCUUGACAUCAACCGACAACAUCCCACAUACGCCAUCACUAUAAGCGGGAUUACUGUUGGAAAUAAACCAACAGACAUGGACUUCAUUACUAUUUUUGACACUGGUACUUCUUUCACAUACUUGGCAGACCCAGCGUAUACUUAUAUAACCCAGAGUUUUCAUGCGCAAGUUCAAGCAAAUCGUCAUGCUGCUGACUCCAGGAUUCCUUUUGAAUAUUGUUAUGAUUUGAGCUCUAGUGAAGCAAGAUUUCCAAUUCCUGAUAUAAUCCUAAGAACAGUUACUGGAAGUAUGUUUCCUGUUAUUGAUCCAGGGCAAGUAAUCUCCAUUCAGGAACAUGAGUAUGUUUAUUGCCUGGCAAUCGUCAAGAGCAUGAAGCUCAACAUUAUUGGACAAAAUUUCAUGACUGGUCUUCGUGUUGUGUUCGAUCGGGAAAGGAAAAUUCUUGGAUGGAAGAAAUUUAAUUGUUAUGAUACUGAUAGUUCCAAUCCUCUCUCCAUCAACUCCCGGAAUUCAUCAGGUUUCUCACCUUCAACAUCUGAGAACUACUCUCCGCAGGAAGCAAGGAACCCAGCUGGUGUUUCCCAGUUGAGACCACUGAACAAUUCAGCACCAGCAGCGUUAUAUGAUAGCUUGCUCCUGAUGCUUAUCUUGGUCCACCUGGCUGUAAAUUAGUUUGGUUCUUAAAAUAGAUACUGUAGAGCUUGACUAGAGGUACACCAUAGAGAACAAUAUUGUUUAGUGGUUACACGUCCUGUAAUAGAGAUACUUGUGAUGCCGAUUUUUUAUGGCUCAUUGUACAACCAUUCCCCCGUCUUGUUUUCACUCAAAAGGGUAUCUCAGAUUUUAUCUGUAACCAGAAUCUGUUUCUGCGAA